CAGAGAGAAACCUUUGGGUUUUGACAGGAAAGUUUCCGCAACAAGAAUACGAAUUAGUUCAUAACGAUUUGUUCGAUUAGAAUAAGUUUGCAUCGGUAAAAUAAAGGUACUGAAUUUCGCAAUGACAAGUAUAACUAUAUCCGCAGUUCGUCCACGGACAAGUAUUCUCGACAAGUCGUUGAGUAAAGGGAAAAGUGAGGUUAGCUUGAGUUGUUACGCUCUUUUGUUUUCCGAGCUUGUUCAAUACUGCCAAAACCGUGUUUACACUGUGCCCGAAUUACAGAACAAACUGGCUGAAAUGGGUGCUGAAGUAGGUCACAGAAUGACCGACCUUCUUGUAAUGAGAGAAAAAAGCGGCAAACGCGAAGUGAAACUAUUGAGUGUCCUUCUUUUUAUUAAAAGCACAGUUUGGAAAUCACUGUUCGGUCGUGAAGCUGACAAACUUGAACAUGCUAAUGAUGAUGACCGAACCUAUUAUAUAAUAGAAAAGGAAGCUCUGGUCAAUAAAUUUGUUUCUGUUCCGAAAGACAAAGGGAGUCUAAAUUGUGCAUCAUUUACUGCUGGAAUCGUUGAGGCGAUUCUUUCCGAUUGUGGUUUUGUGGUUGACAUGUACAUACAUAUUUGUAGAGAUUUUUGGUAUAGAUUACUCUAAAUAUUUUCAAACCCAGCAGACUCAGUGUCAGUGAUACAUUCGACCUUUAUACAUAAAUAUGAACCAUACUCAAAUUUGUUACACAAAUAAAAGUACAAAUUUAGAAAGAAGCAAGUAAAAGUUAUGAGAUACUGUAAUGUAAAGUUUAAUAAUUUGACAUGGAAUAAAUCGAGCCAUUGUCUUUGUAUGAAAUCUUUGAUAUGCAUGGAAAAAUGUUUAUUAGUAUCUAAGUACUUCGACAUAAGUAUUGUAUCAUCAACAUCCUUGACCUGUUCAUACUCAUUUUAUAUUUAAUGCAACAAGAAUUACUAAGCGUACAAUUAAUUACAGCCGUUGAUAGAUUAUUCUAAUUGUGAUAAUUCUAUUUGAAAAAUUCAGAAAGCGAAGUUGGAUCUAUCUACGAAUCCGUUAUUCAGCUCCACUUUAUAUUUAUCUAAAUGUGUGAAUCAUACUGGAGAUAGCAACAGUUUUGACCGAUAUUUUACAUAGAUCUGAUUAUACCAUUUCGCUUUUAUAAAAAAUUUCUGAUGAUCGUUAGUUAUAAUCUGAAUUAUUCUCGACAUACAACUUCGCAUUUAGAAGCUAGAGGCAAACAACUCACAUAUUUCAAAUCCAGUAAAUUUCAUUUGCUGUAACAAUAUACCGAUGGUUGAUCAUAAAAUAUUCAUCAUCCUAUUUCCAAAUCAUGUGUGUCUGCAUGGGCGGAUACAGAUCUCUUCUCUGUUUAUUUGCAUUUAUCAGUUACCAGGAGUGGUUCAGAGGUAGUUGGAAUAUGCCCUAUGACUCACUUUCAGUCUGUAACCAUUCGUCAUUGUAUUGGUAUGAAGUAUGAGAAGUGCAUCACAAAUCAUAUGUUUUCACCGUCCUGUUCUUCAGGAAAAUUUUUACCAAUACUAAAUGAGAACCAUAUUUGAGUUGUGAAUAUUUGCAAAUGGAAAUUUUUUUGCGAUGUAUAG